AUACGUAACCUUGGUUAUAAAGUAAUCAAAGCUGAUUACUUGGGUGUGAAUCAGACAGUGAAGGCCGUGUGUGUGACGAGAAUCAGAAGUCAUUUCCACUUCUGUUGAAUUAAACUGGAAUUCACCGCAUGAAAUUCUGCAUUCAGUCAACAUCUGAUUCGUCUUAAGUUCCAUUUCAACUCGACUAACUCAACAUAAACCAACCAUGACGACGCACGAGGUAAAUCAGAAACUUGACAUUGUUAUUUUUGGUGCCACAGGUUUUACUGGUAAAUUUGUAAUUCGUACAAUUGCUAAAUUAUCAAAAACAAAAAAUCGUCAAUUUACUUGGGGAGUUGCCGGACGUUCAGAAGAAAAAUUAAAGCAGAUUUUAAGCGAUUGUGCUAAUCAGAUUGAAAUCUCCUUAGAUGGGAUUCCUGUUAUUGUAGCUGAUUUAAAACAAGAAGAAUCUUUGAAAGGCAUGGCCCGUCGUGCACGCGUUAUCAUUAACUGUUGUGGCCCUUUUGUAUAUUUUGGAGAACCAGUUCUAAGAGCAUGUAUAGAAGAAGGCACACAUCAUCUGGAUGUUAGCGCAGAAGUGCACUAUAUGGAAGAAAUGCAACUGAAAUAUCACAAGCAAGCUGAGGAGAAAGGGGUUUAUGUUAUAAGUGCAUGUGCCUACCAAAGUAUACCAGUUGAUUUAGGCAUCGUGUACAUGCAGCAACAUUUCACGGGAACUUUAAAUUCUGUUGAAGCUUAUUUAGAAUAUUGGGAAGAAGGAAAUUCUGCACCUGGCAGUGCAUUUAAUUACAGUACUUGGGAGUCAGCAAUUUAUGUAUUAGCAAAUGCUAAAACACUAGAGAAAAUUCGCAGUAAAUUGUUUCCCCGCCGGUUACCCGAUUUUGAACCCAAAUUACAAAUGAAAAUGCUACCCCAUAAGUCUGAAGUAAUGAACAGUUGGGUGUUUCCAUUUGAUGGUACUGAUCGUCCUGUGGUACAACGAAGUCAACGCUACUUUUACGAACGACACUCAAAACGACCCGUUCAGAUUGAAACUUAUUUUUCUGUGAAAUCAUUCACACAACUGUUAUUGAUAAAUAUUUUCGCUUUACUUGUCUUAGUACUGAGCAAAUUUUCCAUUGGAAGAAAAUUACUUUUGAAGUAUCCUGAAACAUUCAGUGGUGGACUCAUUAAUCGGACCACUCCAAGUGAAGAAAAGACCGAAAACAUUCGUUUCAGUAUGACGUUAUAUGGAGAAGGAUGGAAAGAAAAACUCCCUGAUGCCGACCAUCAGUAUUCCACGACACCAAACCAAGUUAUUACAGUCAAAGUAAGCGGACGCAACCCUGGUUAUGGUGGCACCGCUAUAAUUUUGGUACUCGCAGCCAUAACACUUGUAUCUGACAUUGAUAAAAUGCCUAGUAAAGGAGGAGUUUAUCCUCCAGGAUAUGCCUUUGCCAAUACCUCGUUAGCCGACAAGUUAAAUGAAAAUGGGGUGAAGUUUGAGAUUUUGCAAAAUGAAGAACUGUCUAAAUCAAAAUAAUAAUUAGGAACGAGCUGUAAUUUUACAUUUACUUCCACUUUUGUAAAAUCAUGUAAAACUUGUCAAACUGGACUACGGGAUAAAAAAAAAAACUGUAAAAGCAAUAAUAAAGCAUCAAAUUGCAAUAUCAUUUGACUGCAUAAGUUGGAGUAAGUUUGAAUAAAAAAUUUAAUAAGAAAAAAUAACUGAUGCCUUUAAAAUAUUCUUAUUAAAUUCAGACUUACUCCAGCUUAUAAUAAUAUAAGAAUAUUUAUAAAAGCUUCAACAUGAAAAGCGUUAUGUGCCCAUGAUCCAGUCCGCCAAAAAAACAAAAAAAAAUUAUAGUAUUAUUCUCUGUUACUCAGAUUCAAUAAAAACAAUGCAAAUUA